AGUUGAUCAAUUUCUCUGAAUACCAUUAUUACUUCAACUUACCAUAUACAAUAAUCAGAUACAGAUAAUUAGUGCCUACAAACCGUUUCCAAUCCCAUUUCUUGUUUUUUCCGUUCAUCCAUUGGUGAAGAACUGAACAUCAGUGAAACAGAUUAUCAUCAUCGCAUAAACAAUGUUGUCUCCCUUCAACGACUCGCUCGAUCAAUUCGGUGCCAACUCACCGGCAGACGCAUCGUUUGACGACGGCUACUCCUUUUCCAACUUUGAUUCCACCGUCGCCGAGUCCCCCACGCCGAUCUACGUCUCCGGCGGAGAAUUCAUUGAUCCGACGUAUUUCUCGUCGGAUACCAAUGAAAACGGUCUGAUUCUUCUGCCACCGGCGGAGAUGGAACUCGAGGAGAGUUAUGCGCUCCGUGAAUGGAGAAGACAAAACACAAUUCGGUUAGAGGAGAAGGAGAAGAGAGAGAAGGAAUUGUUGAGCCAAGUCAUAGUUGAAGCUGAUGAGUACAAGGUUGAAUUUCACAGAAAGAGGCAAAUUAGAUCAGAAACAAACAGAGUGGCCAACCGGGAGAAGGAGCAGGUACUUGUUGCUAAGCUAGAGAAAUUCCAUGCUGAAGCUGACAAGGAUUAUUGGAAAUCUAUAGCAGAAUUGAUACCUAAGGAAGUUGCUACAAUAGAGAGGAGGAAAGGAAAGACAGAGCAGGAGAAGAAGGCGUUGGUUGUGGUGCUUCAAGGACCUAAGCCUGGGAAACCCACUGAUUUAUCCAGAAUGCGACAGCUACUACUGAAGCUCAAGCAAAACACCCCUCCCCACCUCAACCAGUGCUCGUCGUCACCAAAGAACCUAUGGCUGCUAAGUAGUUAAAGGAUUUGUUGCUAGAUAUGGCUCUACAAGUACAACUUUUCAAUUGGUGUUACAUUUGGACAGCUUACAUACAAGAUUCAAUAAUGUCUUUUGAGUAAA